AUGACCUACAGGGGGGAGCCCACUAAUGAGAUUACACCAUUAGCGAAUAGCGGAUUUCUCUAUGAUUCAAUAAGAAAUGAGGAUUUAGAUGAAUCUGAAGUCAUCACAUAUAUUCAAAACAGAAGAGCAUCUAUUGCCUCAUGCGGAACUGAUAAGAUUCCAAGCAGCUUGAUUUUAAGCCAAGGGGGCGGAAUAAGGUCACAUAUAGAUAGGGGGAACGAUGAAUUGAUUACCACGUCUAGAUCGAAUGCAUCAUUCGUGGGAGAUGUCUUAUCUCAUGCAAGCGGAUUAUUGGCCGAGCCCGAAACUGACUACAAAACAGAAAUUAAGGUAUUGUUUGAGUACUCAAUUCCAUUGGUUAUUACAUUCUUAUUGCAGUAUUCAUUAACAGUUGCAUCAGUCUUUUCGGUUGGGAGACUAGGGCUGAGGGAAUUGGCAGCUGUUAGUUUAUCUUCUAUGACAGCUAAUAUUUCUGGAUACGCUAUAAUUCAAGGAGUUUCUACCUGUCUUGAUACAUUAUGUGCACAGGCUUAUGGUAGAAAGGAAUUUAGCACCGUUGGUGUACACUUUUUCAAGUGUAACUAUUUGUUAUUUUUGUUAUGUAUCCCCAUGUUUUUGUUAUGGGUUUUUGGUUCGAAACCAAUUCUCUUGAUGAUUAUUGGUAAUGAGAAGGAGGAAUUGUGUUCAUUGGCAUCUCAGUAUCUUCAAGUUUUAAGUUUAGGUUUACCAGCUUUUAUUCUUUUUGAAAAUGGUAAACACUUCUUGCAGGCUCAAGGUAUAUUCCACGCAUCGACGUAUGUUUUGGCUAUUUGUGCACCAUUGAACGCAUACCUUAAUUAUUUAUUAGUAUGGAACAAGUCGAUUGGUAUGGGAUUCGUAGGAGCACCAAUAUCUGUAUCCAUAACCAAUUGGUUAAUGUGUAUUUUGCUUUACUUGUAUAUUUGGCAAGUCAAGGGUAAUGAAUGUUGGCCUAGUGGAGGCUUGUUGUCACCCAUCUUCUUUCGAAACUGGACCCGAAUGAUUAAUCUUUCAAUACCUGGAGUCUUGAUGGUAGAGGCAGAAUGGUUAGCAUUCGAAAUUAUUACUUUUACUGCUUCUAAAUUCGGUACUGAUGUUUUAGCUGCUCAAUCAAUCGUUUCAACCACAUGUGUCCUUCUUUAUCAGAUUCCGUUUGCCAUAUCGAUUGCUAUUUCUACUAGAGUUGCCUGGUACAUUGGUGCUGCCGCAAAAAAGCCUGCCAAGGCUGCAACAACAGUUGCAAUCUACAUUUCAUUAUUGCUAGGAUUAAUUAAUGGAUCUUUUUUGUUCUGCUUUAGAGAUACAUUAGCUUCUCUAUAUACCGACGAUUCUCAUGUCAUUAAACUUACCUCCAAGGUUUUAGUGGUUGCUUCGGUAUACCAAAUUAACGACUUUUUGUCGUGCUCAACAGGGGGGAUUCUAAGAGGCCAAGGUAGACAGAAAAUAGGCGGAAUAUUAAAUUUAAUAUCUUACUAUUGCAUUGCAUUGCCCUGUGCUUUUACAUUUGCAUUCUACUUCAAGCUUGAAUUGGUGGGCUUAUGGCUAGGAAUGAUCAUUGCUCUUUUUUUCGUUUCUACGCUACAAUAUUACUUUGUAUUAACUAGUGAUUGGGAUUACAUUAUUAGUGAAUGUAUCAGCGAGAGUGUCUUCGAUGAUGGCUUUAAUGCUGACGUGCAUUCCAUGGUUCCUAGUAUGAGCAGUUCGCGUUUUGCUUAA